CGCAGUCACGAGUAUUGCCCAUCUCUAAUGGGCAUUUCAUAACCAGUCCGCCGGCCACUCAUUUCUUUUAACGAAAACAUUUGCUGAAUCCUAACUGAAAUGCGGCUGACCAACACUUUAUGUGCCCAGCACAUUGGCUGGCACUUCAAGAAGCACUGGCUUGUCCAGGGAAAGCGUGUGCCAAAGGAGACAGGCGCUGCCGCUGAGCUCCUGAAAUUGGCUGUGGCUGUGAAGACUCCCGAAGACAUACUAAAUCCCAGAAAGGAAAGGAGGAGGGUUGAGGUAGUGGGCGACCGCCAGCCAACGAUUCCCGAGGACAGCAGUCAUCCCAACUGGCACUCCACCGUUUGCCAUUCCUACUCCGAUGGCAGUGUACUGGUUGGUGGAUUGCCCCAGGCUCAGGUGCUCACCAACGCCAUCGAGAUCCAAACGUUCCCCAAGCAGAUCGAGGAUGCCCUGGCCAGCCAGGAACUGCCCAGUUCUAUUGACAAGAGUGUACGGCAUGCUGUUGCAGCUGCCCACGUGCUUGAUGCGGAGCAGGUGAAGCUGCCCAAGGUGCGGUGGCCGGAACGACCAAAUUUUAACCUUCCACGGCCCUACGGCAUUUCCCACGGCAGAGUCAAUCGCCUUUUGGUAAACAAACUCCUGCAAGAGGUGGAAAAACUAGCAGGACGUUCGGUUUCUGUGAAACGAAAGUUUGCAGAUAAUGCCACCUUCAAGACCUCCUUGACUAAAGACGGCGACCUGCUAGGCUUUGCUGUUAAUGCCGAAAAAGUCAUAUUCGCCAAUCGUGCCAUUGAGGGGAUCAAGGGUAAAUUUGAGGGAAACCUGCCCGAUCUUUAUCCCAUGAAGAGCAACAUUUCGAUACCGAAAAACCACAUUUAUGUGACAGACAAUUUCUACCCCCUAAGGACAGAUGUUAAAUGUUCCCAUCCCCACACGAUAUUCACGGUCUUCAACAAGCACCUGGUUGGCAAUACCCACGGCUCAGAGGUCACAACAUCCCAACUGCAAGCAAGGACACUGGUCAAGGCUUUCGUGGUGGCUGCGGCACGAGCCAGGCAACUGCACGGUCCAUCUAUGCAGGGGACUCUUCCUAAGCCCAUUGUUGUGCAGAGUGUCCAGACAGACGGUCGGACGUUCCACUUUGGAGUCCUUCAGCUGAAUACACUAGAUGUUGGUGCUGAUAGCUCUACGAGAAACUACUGGUUCCAUAGACAGAACUAUGAUCUAUUUACUGAAUGCAAAUACGAGGCGGGAAGGACGCAUUUGGAGAAUUACAACGGCGAUGUCUUCCGUAUACUGAAUGCGUUUUAUAACAACUCUUAAAAUAUAAAUGCAAUUGUUUACAAGGUA